GGUGACAGUUCUGCUGACAGACAGGGAAAUUUGCCUAAACUUUAGAGAACGCCAAACGCUUCACACUCACGUGAGCGUUGAAAUAGAAAUGAAUAAUAUAUUUUCGCGGUGCAUUCUCGACCUCAUUUUGACGAGGUAUAUUACCAUUGAAAAAAGACACAGUACUAGCAGCAGUGGGAGACCUUGUUCAGGAGGAUCGCUAUGGUAAUUAGUGAAUUCCACAUGCGAUUUCUUUGAGAAGGAGAGAACAAACAAUUUAAGAGGAUUUUGAUCCAUAUCAGUGGCAAGGAGAAUCAGCCUUGAAGGAGAGGAACAAAUUCAUGCUUUUUAAAUGAUCUGCUGGUUAUCAUCUUAUUGCUGGAAUAUUGAAUCCUGACAUUUGGGAAAAACAGACGAGAGUUGAUAUACUCCACGCCUGGGCAUCUAGAUUUGCAUACGGUGGAAUUUGAUGGUCAUAAUGCUUGACAAAGAGGUGUCUCGAUAAAAUAUCUUCAGCAGAAUUUGAAAACUUGAAUGUUAGGCAAUUAUUUGAAUUUAGGAUGAAUAGAACGUUGCUUAAUGAAGGAGGUGUCAGUAUGUCUGUGGUAUCAGAGGGAGUGGUACUGGCCGCUGGAUCAAAUGAAAGUCUGUGUGGAAAAGUAGAAGGCCCUGGGGGCCCAGAAGUGGCAAUUUUGUUUGUGGGUGUUUGUCUGCUUCUGGGUGUAGCCUCUAGGCAACUUCUCAGGGGCACCAGAAUUCCUUACACAGGUGCUCUGCUUCUACUGGGAAUCGGGCUUGGAGCUCUAGAAUAUGGGACACACAGUGGACUGGGAAAACUUGGUACUAGCAUCCGUGUGUGGUCAAAGAUAAAUCCAAACUUGAUUUUGUAUAUCUUCUUACCUGCUCUUCUUUUUGAGAGCUCCUUUGCCAUGGAACUUCAUCAGAUCAAGAGAUGUAUGGCACAAAUGGUGUUGCUUGCCUUCCCUGGUGUGUUGAUAUCAACCUUUUUCCUUGGCGUUCCUAUACAUUAUUUGUUUCCAUAUGAUUGGGACUGGAAGGUAUCAUUUUUGCUGGGGGGUUUGCUUAGCGCCACAGACCCUGUAGCAGUUGUGUCAUUGUUGAAGGAACUUGGUGCCAGCAAAAAACUGAAUACUAUUAUUGAAGGAGAAUCCUUGAUGAAUGAUGGGACUGCUAUAGUUGUCUAUAGGCUAUUUUUUCAAAUGGUUGAAGGUCGGACUUUUAAUGCUGCAGAGGUGAUAGAAUUCUUAUCAAGGGUUGCUUUAGGAGCAGUAGCUCUUGGACUUGCAUUUGGAAUUGUAUCAUUUUGCUGGCUUGGUGUGAUUUUCAAUGACACUGUGAUAGAAAUCACCUUGACAUUGACAGUGAGCUAUAUAGCUUACUUCACUGCUGAAGAUGCAGCUGAAGUAUCUGGUGUCUUAACUGUCAUGACAUUAGGCAUGUUUUAUGCGGCAGUUGCAAAGACAGCUUUCAAAGGUGAAAGCCAACAAAGUUUACAUCAUUUCUGGGAAAUGGUGGCCUACAUAGCAAAUACCAUGAUUUUUAUCUUAAGUGGAGUGGUGAUUGCUGAAAGCAUACUUCGUAGCGGGAAUAUUAAAGGUGGAACUUGGGGAGAUCUUGUUAUUCUCUAUGUUUUGCUACAGCUAUCCCGGGUGGUAGUUGUUGUUUUACUAUAUCCAGGAUUACGAUAUUUUGGCUAUGGUCUGGAUUGGAAAGAGGCAGUUAUUCUCAUAUGGUCAGGGCUACGUGGAGCUGUAGCAUUAUCAUUGUCCUUAAUAUUGAAUCGUUCCAGUGGGAAGGGCAUUGCCGAACUCUCAGAGGCAACAGGAAAUUUGUUUGUUUACUUCACUGGUGGGGUAGUUUUUCUGACUCUGCUUAUCAAUGGAUCAACAACGCAAUAUCUGUUAAAAUUUCUAGGCAUGAAUAAAACUUUGGACACCAAGAAACGUAUUCUAGAUUACACAAGGUAUGAAAUGAACAAUAAAGCUUUAGAGGCAUAUGGAGAGCUUGGUGAGGAUGAAGAACUGGGGCCAGUUGAUUGGCCUUCAGUAGUCAAGCACAUAAGUUGCUUAAAUGCAUUGGAAGAAGGAGAACAACCACAUCCACAUGAUAUACCUCCAAAUGAAAAUGAGAUGCAUAAGAUGCAUAUGAUAGAUACUCGAGUGCGGCUUUUGAAUGGUGUGCAAGCUGCUUAUUGGGGAAUGCUUGAUGAAGGAAGGAUAACAAAUACAGCUGCCAUUCUUCUUAUGCAGUCAGUUGAAGAAGCCAUUGACAUGAUAUCAACUCAUGAGAAAUUACUUGACUGGAAAGCAUUAAAAAUUUAUGUUCAGUUCCCAAGCUAUUUCAAAUACCUACAAAUGAAGUUUCUGCCACAGAAACUAGUGACAUUUUUUACUGUCCAAAGGUUGGAACUUGCUUGCUACAUUGCUGCUGCAUUUCUUCGUGCCCAUAGAAUUGCUAGAAGGCAGUUGCGUGAAUUUAUUGGAGAGAGUGAGGUUGCCGAGAUAAUAAUUCAAGAAAGUGAAGCAGAAGGGGAGCCAGCCAAGCAGUUUCUAGAAGAUGUUCAACUUAACUUCCCUGAGGUUUUACGUGUUUUGAAAACAAAGCAAGUAACAUAUUCUGUUUUACUACAUCUUAGUGAAUAUGUUCAAAACCUUGAGAAGUCUGGUUUAUUGGAUGUAAAAGAGAUGAGUCAACUCCAUGAUGCUGUGCAGACUGAUCUGAAAAAGCUUCUUAGAAAACCUCCAUCAGUUCAGAUGCCUUCUGUAAGGGAGAUCUUAAGCAGUCAUCCUUUUCUGGGAGCUCUGCCUUCUUUCAUUUCUGAGCCUCUUGGAAAUGCUGCAAAAGAAUUUAUGAAGUUGCGCGGAAAUAUAUUAUAUGAGGAGGGCUCUAAACCUGAUGGGAUAUGGCUUAUUGCCAAUGGAGUUGUCCGUUGGAAAAGUAAGAGUAUUGCAGAACGACAUCUACUACACCCUACCUUUUCCCACGGAAGCACAUUGGGCCUUUAUGAAGCCUUAACUGGAAAGACACACAUGUGUGACUUGAUUGCUGAUUCUGUAGUGCAUUGCUUCUUUAUUGAAACAGAAAAAAUUCUAUCAGCCCUUCGAUUGACACCAGAUAUUGAGGAUUUCUUUUGGCAAGAAAGUGCAAUGGUUGUUGCAAAACUCAUACUGCCUCAGCAAUUUGAGGAGAUGUCGAUGCAAGAAUUGCGAGUCCUUGUUUUGGAGAGGUCAACCAUGCGCAUUUACUUGAGGGGUGAAAUGUUUGAAAUUCCGCCCUACGAUGUUGCCAUUGUAUUGGAAGGCUUUGUCAAACAGGAAGGCAAGAAUGAGUUCGCCACUGCUCCUGCAGUUUUACUAGCUGCACAUAAAGAGAGUCAUCUUACUAAUGCAGGUAGCAAACAGUCCAUUACAGCCCACCAUGGAGAAUGGUUUGAUGCAGAUACACGCUCAAGGAUCAUUAUUUUUGGCAUAAGUUCAGUUCAUAACGUGAGCCAUCGUACUAGAUCUUCAGCUUCAAUUCUGUCUUGUAGCCUACGAGUUCCAGGCCGCCCUAGCUAUGAACAUGAAGGUCUUGUAUCCUGGCCUGAGAAACCAUAUAUUUCAGGGAAGUCUGAACAGAAUGCAGUUACAAGAUAUGCUUCAGAUCCUGGAUAUAGACCUUCGUCUGAAAAGUCAAUGCAGCUGAGUAGGUUUGGUAGUAUGGUAACUGGGAAGAAGUAUAGUGCGAGAGGAGGAAGGUUUUUGAGGGUGCCAUGGGGCACAGGACUACGAAGCAGCAAGUCAUACCCAUCAGUUAAAUCCAAAAUCAGAAAAUUCUUUUCUUCGACUGCACUCCUCUCUGUUCAGUCACAAGGAGGACCUGCAAUGCAAAGAAGGUUGAAAAGUGAAGGUCAUAUCCCUACCGCUAGUGCUGGCCCCUCAAAAAUACCACCCCGCCUGGGAGCUGCUACAAGAAAGCCAGCAGAUGAUUCAAGUGAGGGGUCAGAUGCAGAAGAUGAAUACAUUGUGCGAAUCGACUCACCAAGUAAACUUUUCCAUAAUCAGGUCUCCAAUUAGAUUAGUUUGUACAAUGUAUGUGACUUAGUUCCUGUUACAGUGGGUUAGCAUUGGAGACUUGACCUUCACCAGACCAAAACAAUUAAGAUUUCAUGUAUAUUGAAUAAAAAUAGCUAUUUAGCAACCAUUAGGAAUAAUCUGGAGAUGGUGUGGGGUAGAAUAUGAGCGUUGAGCCUCGCUAGCUCAAGUUGAAAAUCAAUAAAUCUUGUUCUUGUAUGUUUGCUAGUUGGGAAUCUGCAUUCAUGAUAUAGAUAUGGGUAGAUAUGUUAGGCAUGCAGAAAAACCGAAAUGUUUUCAGCUUGUUCUUGAUGGAGGAAAAACCCAUGAAGGGGUGUAUUAUGCUACCCAUGCAGCGUAUUUUUUGCUAUUUUGGGCAGAUAUGUAUCUCUUGAAAAUCAGAUACCUUGGUUUAGAAAGUUAUUCAUGUAUUUAUAAAAAUGAACAAGGUGACAGUGCA